AGUAACUCAGCUCAGUGGGAAAGAACUUUUUUAAAGUCGAUAGAGGGGGACUUAAGUCUCUUGAAUAAAAUGUGUCGUCAUUAUAUUGCGAAGACAAAAUGCAAAGAAGUGAUCACUGAGUCGUUCAACAAGAUAUUAGAUAGUCUCCAAAGUGUUUUAGAGGAUAAGACUUCGACUGAAUUGUCGAAGAGAACUGUUCUAUUGAUCACAAAGGAACUCAUCACAAUCGAUAGUAAAACACUUGUCAGUGCAAUCAAGAAACACGAAAGCUACUUUAAAAAUGCGUUUCAACAACCAAUUGAUAAGAACAAUCAACUCUUUGAAUUGGUCAAUUUGAUUGUAUCGAUUCCCAAUGCAUUUGACUUUGACGUAUUUAUGUUAAUUAGUGCUUUAGAAAUGUUGAAGUCGGGGAAUAAUGUCAGUUUUAGUCUGAACAUCCUUCUUUCAUUGUUUUACUCAGUCGAAACUGCUUUCGCGAAGUCGACCAAAAUUAGUGAUGCGGUGAAUAGACUUCUUGAGUUUACUGCAUCUGAAAAGGUGGAAAUUAACAUUCAAAAUGCUUUGAUUUGUUUAAGGAUUAUACUCUCGAAGUUCAAAGACGAGACUUUAGACGCAGAGAAUCUGAUGAAUUUGAUGUUACCACAUAUCAAAGGGUCGAAUGUCGUUUUAAAGAACGCUGCAAUGGAUGUAAUAGCCGCGUUCUCAAAUACGUUAGCAAAAGGUAUCAAAAGUCCACAUGAAGUUCUGGCGACCCUUUUGGCGCAAGACUCUGAAAACCCUAAAACCUUGUUGUCUUUAUUGUCUGCAGCAAAGGUUGUUGUUUCAAUCACACAAAUCGAUAAAAAGCUAUUCACGCAAUUAUCACCAACACUCGCCACUUUCUUGGAGAACAAAGACCCACAUGUUGUAACAAAAACAAUCGAAUUAAUUACUUCGACACUUUCAUCAAAGGAAAAUGCAAAGAUUGUGAUAACAAAGUUGUUCGAACACGUUUUAGCAGCCGCGAAGUCACAAAAUGCCACAGACAUACUUAUAACACCACUCACUAAUUUCAUCGCAACGCUCUCGAAGUUCGACAAAAAGAUAGAGUCCAAAAUUAUGUCAUUCGAAAAAGGGAAAGUCCCUCUUGUUAUCAAUUUCAUGGUAAUUGGUGCAAUGUCGGCUUCAACAAAUAUCGAUGUUGAGUCGUUUACAAAGAAGUACACCAAAAUGAUAUCAGCAAAGAACUUCAAUGAGAAGUCCCCCGACUUUUUCAUUAGUGUCGCAUACAUCUACACUUUUGCGUUUUUAAAAGAAAACAAGAAAAUCGACGACCAGAAGAUUUUAAAUCUGUUUGCUACUAAAUUAGAUGACCCCUCCGUCUAUAUCAGUCAAGCCUCAAUAUUCACUUUAGGUAAAAUUGAGAACGUCGACUUGUUACUGGAGUUAUUUAAGAACGAAAAACAAAACCCACUCAAUGUGGCAAUUGCUUUGAAAAAUUCAUUGUCAAAUAUAGAAGACAGUAAAGUGACUCAAUUGUUCAAUGACUUAGUUGCUAUUCGAACAAACAAUGCAUGUCAAAGUACUAUCAACGAAUGUCUUUGUUAUUUAGUGAAGAGAAAGCCAGAGGAAUUAUUCCCCGUCUUAUUCGACGCGUUACAACGGAAGUCCCAAGAGUCUAUAGGUCACUUACCACCACUUCCUAAAGACAAACAAAGUCUUGAAGCCUUCGAACUUCAAGUGAAAGAAAAAGAUGAAAUAUAUAAUGACUCUGAGUCAAACAAAGACAACGCGUUGGUCAAUUGUAUACCAUCCAGUGUUGAUGAACAACACAUUAAGUACAUCAUCCAAUAUAUCCAAUUGAUAGUCGACAACUUGAAUAACUACAACCGAUUUGUCAAACGCGCAGUAUACUCUGUAAUCAAUGUGUUGGUCCAAUCGAAAACAACAGAAGUCGAGCCUUAUAUCACUUUAAUAGUCUCUGCUAUUGUCCCACAAAUGCAAUGUGAUCCUCGUUACGUCUCAAUCGUCAAAUUUGGGACGUUGUCAUAUACUGAUGAUAUUGGGGUGUCUUCGCGAAACACAGUGUACCAAUGUGUUAAUGGUCUUCUCAACUAUUACUUCGAGUGGUUCGACGAGAAGGAGAUGUUCCUUGCAAUAGUCGAUAACCUCGCAAAAGACAUGAAGAAAGAUAGAGCACGCGAUUUACAGUUGAAUGCCUUCUCGAUGAUCAUUACAGUGUUAAACAAGAACAACACCCUCUUUUUGGAAUAUGAGGAGUUGAUCCUCGAUAUCAUCGAAAGCAUCGCAAGGGAUGUGACUGGAAAUGCUGUGAAUUCACACAAAGAAGCUUUGGCGACUGCUGCAUGCCCUCUGUUUGCUGCUAUCAUUAAAAUGAAGUAUGCUGAUUUAUCACAAAAGCUUGCGCCUCUUAUACAGAUGGUGAAGAACACCAAACAAUUCGAGAAAGCAUUCUAA